AUGAUUUUAAGUGUAAGCAUAUUUAUCCUUCUGAUAUUUUUAUCACCCAUUAUUACAUCGGAUGAUAAUUUGGAAAAUAUAUCUAUAAAUACGGGUGAAACAGCAACAUUUAUAUGUGAUCUACCUGAACGAUAUUCGAAUAAACCCGCAGAUUUUUAUGGACCUAUGGGACGUUUAUUGGUAACAUCGACCGGUGAAAAUAUUGAUAGUGAUGAUCGUACACGUUUUAUGCUUGAACAUCCAUAUGCUUGGACGUGGAGUCUUAUUCUAUCAGACGUAUCGGAUGAUGAUGGAGGUGAAUAUACAUGUCGUGUUUCAUCCGAUGAUCGGACAUUGACAAUCAUAAAACGAUUUAAUUUGACCGUUUUAACACCGCCUAAGAUUGUCGAUAUAACAAUUGAAUCAAAUAAUAAUGGAAUACUUAUUGAGAAUGAACAAGUUACUUUAAAAUGUUUAGCUCGUGGAAAUCCACAACCAAAAAUUCGUUGGAGUCUACCAGAAACAAAGCCAAAUGAUCGUAAUAUCAUAACAUUCGAUAAUAAACUAUUUAUACGGAAUUUUUCUCGUACAACACCAAUGGAUUAUCAAUGUAUUGCUGAUAAUGGUAUACCACCACGUGACACACGUACAAGACAUUUAGUUCCAGCUAUUCCACCUGAAAUAAUAAUUCAAUCAACAUUUUCUCGAUUUUCUUCUCAAAUUCUACUCAAUUGUACUAUAACAGCACGUCCAUUAACAUCUAUAAAAUGGAAACGAAAUCGUAUUGAAAUAAAUAAUAUAAAACGUAUAGAAAUCAAUGAUUAUACUAUUCAAUUAAUACUUCUCUUACAAAUUGAUCCAAUGAAUUAUACAAAUAUAUUUGGUAUGUAUGAAUGUGAAGCUGAAAAUCAAUUUAAAGUAUCGAAAGCAUUUAUUAUUAUUGAUGAAUCAGUCUUAUUGAAUACAACAAUAAUGAAACAUCGACGAACAUCAUCAACAUCACCAUCUUAUGCACAAAUUGAACUUCUACUGAAUCGUUCAUCAUUUGUAACAUAUGAUCUCUAUUUAAUAUUAUUAAUGUAUAUAUUUUUGGUUAAUUAUUCAACUGGCUUUUACAAUAAACGAUAA